CUGCUGCUGAUUCUGCCUCCUCAAAGUCGAAACGCGGGCGGCCACGCAGCUCUCCGCUGCCGGAGAGCCAACAAGAAAGGGCUUUUCUUAGUUGGCAUGCGAAGAGGCGAAUUUUGAAAACUAGAGAAUGGCUGGAUUUCCCUGGGAGGGCAAGCGGGGUGGAUUUAAAGUCCUGGUGGCGACGCUUUCCGUGGCUUUGGUUUAUUCCUAUAACAUCGAUCUGGAUCAUCCCGUGAUUUAUCAAGGACCCAAUAACUCUUUCUUCGGAUACUCGGUGCUGGAGCAUUACUACGACAAUACUCGAUGGGUCUUGGUUGGCGCCCCAAAGGCAGAUUCUAAGUACAGUGCUUCUCUUAAGUCACCAGGAGCUGUAUUCAAAUGUCGGGUUCACACUAAUCCUGAUAGGAGGUGCACAGAGCUGGAUAUGGGUCGAGCUAAUGUUCGAGGAACAUUCUGUGGAAAGACAUGUAAAGAAGAUAGAGAUGAUGAAUGGAUGGGUGUUAGUCUGGCAAGACAGCCAACGGUUGGAGGAAGUAUAUUGGCCUGUGCCCAUCGUUGGAAAAAUGUCUACUAUGAAACUGAGUACAUCCUUCCUCAUGGUUUUUGCAACAUUAUCCCUCCCAAUCUUGGAUUGAAUGGUAAAAAAUUAAUGCCUUGCUAUGAAGAAUAUAAGAAAAAAUAUGGUGAAGAGCAUGGCUCAUGUCAGGCUGGAAUAGCAGGUUUUCUCACAGAGGAGUUGGUUAUCAUGGGAGCUCCAGGGUCUUACUAUUGGACAGGAACGAUUAAAGUAUUGAAUCUCACUGAUAAUACAUAUUUCAAACUGAAAGAUGAAUCUAUGAUAGCCAAGCGUUACAUAUAUCUAGGAUAUGCGGUGGCAGCAGGUCACUUCUCUCAACUGAUGACCAUGGACGUCGUUGGAGGAGCUCCCCAGGAUGGAGGCGUUGGAAAGGUGUACAUAUUCCGCACAGAUAGGAAUUCUGGCUCUUUGAUCAAAAUCUUUCAGGCUUCUGGUAAAAAGGUGAGUAAUCCUCAAGAAAAAAUACAUUUCACUACAAUGAGCUUUCACAGAUAA